AGAAAGAUGAGGGAUUCCCACACCACAUCAAAAAAGAGAAACCUAAACCCCAGAUGCCACUCAAACCAUGCCCUACCUUCUUCAUCUCUGAGCUACUCUCUAUCAACCAGAAGGUGGUGUCGUCGCUGUCGGCCUGGCCUCCACCUUCUCCUGUUGGCGUCGCUUGCCUGUACAGAACCCACGGGGUCUUUCGUUUUCUCCCGUCUUUCACAUUGCUCCUGUGGUCCGUUUUCUCGCUAACGCUCUUUGUUUGUCCAUCGCGGUCCUCUUCUCAGUGUAGUAGUGGUUCUUUCUCUCCCUCUCUCUCUCGGAUUUCAGUCUCUCUUACCGCGAGCGUCUCAAAACCCAGACCGGUUGAAACCCGUAUUGACCCGUUGAAACCCGUCUUGACGCGGCCAGUUUUCAAAACCCAGACCGGUCAUGCUUAUUUAAAAAUAAAAAAAAUCUCUAAACAUCAUCAUCUAACUCCAAAACCCUAAUUUCACUGGGCUCCAUGGUCCCUCUCAUCACCCGUGACACCCUCAUCUUCACGCAGACAGUGGCGCACUCCGUCCCGUCUGUCAAACUCUCUUGUCGUCUUCAUUCAUAGUCGCUGGCGUUCUGCCAUAGUUCGUGUGUCGCCGCCUUCCUUGGUCUCGUCGUCGCCGGCUCAGUCAAGAAGAAACCGAGGCGACCAGCAAACGCUGCCCCUUGAUCGGACGUCCUCGUCUUUGUUGCUUCGUCGCCUCCUUCUUGCCGGUUCUGUCGCCGAGCCGCUGUGUUGAUUUAGGUGUGGCUGUGAUGAAGCUCCGAACUCCGAAGCUGCUCCGUCCCUGACUCAACUUCUACUUCUGCUUCUGUAGAUUCCAUCAUCGUCAUCUUAUAGUAAUGGAGUUGGAGAUGCAUAUGGUCCUUCCUCAAUUGUUGAGACUAGCAUGGAUCGCUGGUACACUUCCCAUUCUCAUCGCUUCAAUCCCAAUUCCCAAACUCAAGUUUCUCCAUACAAUCUUGUUGGGUUUUGCUAGAAGGGGAAAAAUCAUGCACUCAUCUUCCCAGAAAUUCACACUCCCUCAGAGAUUCUUCUUGCAUUUCUAUAUUGUUGCAUCAAUAUGGACAACGUUCUUGCUUGUUACAACUUGGUGUUAUGCAUACACCAUGGUGCCACCGGUUAGGGAAUCAUCUGCAUACUCUACCAUUACAAGCUACUUGAUCGGAGGCUCAGCUCUGGGAACUGGUUCAACUACAAUGCUUCAAAGGCAUGCUGUUUGGCAAGCUGUUUUUCUUCUUUUGUUAAUGGAAGCUCAAGUGUUGAGACGCCUAUUUGAAACCAUAUAUGUUUUUAAAUAUAGCCCCUCUGCCUGCAUGCACGUCCUUGGUUAUCUCACUGGAAUGUUCUUCUACCUAGCAGCACCACUGUCACUAUGUGCUGAUUGCGCCUUAGAUGUGUUUUACUUCCUAGUAAAUCUAGUCACCAAGUUCAUCGUCAUAGGCAAGGAUCAUAUGCCACCAGUGGAGGUAGAACUUUGGCAAGUUGUAAAUCCUCUUUUCAGACUUGGAUGGAGACAUUGGAUCGGCGCGACUGUUUUUUUUUGGGGUUGGAUUCAUCAACAAAGAUGCCAUAAGAUUCUUGGUUCGCUUCGAAAUUCAAGACAAGCAGAGGAAUAUGCAAUUCCUCACGGUGAUUGGUUUGAAAUUGUUUCCUCUCCACAUUAUCUCUCUGAAAUGGUUAUAUACGGCAGUUUUGUAGUUGCUACUGGAUGGUCCAAUCUAACCAUAUGGUUACUUCUUGUUUUUGUGCUGGCAAAUUUGUCAUUUGCAGCAGUGGAAACACAUAGGUGGUAUCAUCAGAAAUUUGAAGAUUAUCCAAGUAGUCGGUUUGCUGUUAUACCAUAUAUUCUCUGAGAUUAUGAGACAAAUAGACAAUACUUUUCAUGUUAGAUGUGUCUGUUCAUAUGAACUUAUUUUGUUUAUAGAAAAAUACUUGUAUUUAAUAUUAUUGGGAUUUCUACACACGAAAUUUAUUUAUAAUUU